GGUGGCUCAUAUCCUGACAGGCUACACUAGGAGAGGAUGCCCGUAAUUUCCAAAAGAUAUCGAUCUCCAUAUCUCAGCCUUUUCCUCUAACAGGGUCACGACGCCUGUGUUCGUCAUCGGCGUUGCGAAAGGAACUCCGGAUAGCGGAUGAACACUGGGGCUUGGCAGAUCUCAACAAGGUUGGCACAUGCCAAGGGAGCUCAGCACGGAUUCCCCAACUGCGAGCACUAUUCCAACGACUGGAGAUGGGGGGAAUAGUGGCUAUCAUGCUGUCAGGUUCCUAAGAAAGGGAGUGGAACCAGGACGUCACGGAUCCCUAGCUGGUAAUCCCGUCAUGAUCCUCGGGGUUAGUGCCAAUUUGAUCAUCUUCUGCCCGAUGCUAAUUAUUCCAGUGGCUUUUGCGGGAAAGCAUUGUUGCACCUCUCCAGUGAUGGCGCAUGAAGUUGACCAAGGUUAAUCGGGACCUCCUCACUCCUCAAACAUAUAAGGAAUGGAUUCUCUGCCUGAUCAAUCCAUACCAACAGCUGAACCUCAUUCCACAAAGCUCUUUCAAUACAGAACUAUCUUGAAGGAUUUUCCAAUCUCAUUGCAUACUUGCCCCCGGCUUGCACGAACACCCACUGGAGCAAUUGCACUUCGGACCUCAUUCGCCAAUCCAAAGACUGCUAUAUCAAUCAGACUGUGAUAUUCACGUCAACCAUGUCUGCUG